AAGAAAGAAAGGGGGAGAGGGGUAAGGAAGGAAUGGGGAAAAAAGGCAAAAACACAGCCCCCUUUCCACUGCCUCUUCCCGAGACCCUGUCCCGGCUCGAGGCUCUUCAGGACGCGCUGAGGGCUGCGCGGUGCCCCGGGGCCCCGACGGGGCGUCCCGUCCCCUUCUCGUCCGGAGAGGACCGAAGGGAGGGACAGGGGCGGCGAGGGGGGUCCGGCCCUGUCCGCCCCCCCGGGUUCUGACGUCACCGUGCCCACGGGGGGGGCGGCUCCCAGAGAAGCGCGUAGCUCCGCGCUGCCGCCUCCUCCUCCUCCUCUUCCGCGGAGAGGGCAGGGGCCGGGCGGCCGCGGGGAUGCACGUCCUCUUCGGCGGUGGCACGCGGAGGUAAAACGGGGAUCGACGGAGAGGUGGGAACUGGGGCGGUGGGGCUGCGGAGCAACCGCGGGGUGAGGUGGGGAACAGUCCUUACGGCGGCUGGGGAAUUUAUGGGGAUGCUGGGUGGGAUGUGCACGGUAAUGCAGAGGCAGUGAGUAGGGAAUGGGGUGGGAAAAGCUGAGAAGCGCUCGGUGCAGAAUCAGUCUUCCCGCAGAGAGCUUUAGAGCGGUUGUGCUCCCUCCCAGCAAAUUCAAGGGAGGGCAUUUAGGGAGCCGGGCAGCUCGGGGACAUGUUCCCCUUCCCCUUCAUCCUGCCCUCCCCCUUUCUCCUCCCCUUCUCUUGGCAGGGCCCCCACUGACGGCUCUGUGUCCCUCUCUUUUUGCCCUGCUGACAGCUCCACGUCUUUCAUUCUCCCCACAGCUGGAGCACAGCAGCCCCCCUGGCAUUGAAGAGAUGGCGACCAGCCCCCUGCCCACUCCCACGGACAUUUUGUUGCCAUCUCCAUCCAGCGCUUACCCACCGGACCCCAUGAGCCAGCAGCAGCGUGCUGGCCACGCCGCCAUGAAACCCAACCAAGUGGGGCAGGUGAUCCUCUACGGCAUCCCCAUCGUCUCGCUGGUGAUCGAUGGGCAGGAGAGGCUGUGCCUGGCGCAGAUCUCCAACACGCUGCUCAAAAACUUCAGUUACAACGAGAUCCACAACCGACGCGUGGCUCUGGGCAUCACCUGCGUGCAGUGCACACCAGUGCAGCUGGAGAUCCUGCGGCGCGCCGGGGCCAUGCCCAUCUCGUCGCGGCGCUGCGGGAUGAUCACCAAGCGGGAGGCAGAGAGGCUCUGCAAAUCCUUUCUGGGGGAGAACCGUCCGCCCAAGCUGCCCGAUAACUUCGCUUUCGACGUGUCCCAUGAGUGCGCCUGGGGAUGCCGGGGGAGCUUCAUCCCCGCCCGCUACAACAGCUCACGCGCCAAGUGCAUCAAGUGCACCUACUGCAGUAUGUAUUUCUCCCCCAACAAAUUCAUCUUCCACUCGCACCGCACUCCCGACGCCAAAUACACGCAGCCCGAUGCCGCCAACUUCAACUCCUGGCGCCGCCACCUCAAGCUGACCGACAAGAGCCCCCAGGACGAGCUGGUCUUUGCCUGGGAGGACGUCAAGGCCAUGUUCAAUGGAGGAAGCCGCAAGCGGGCACUGCCGCCCACACCCACUGCCACCACUCCUGGGACCGCCGCUGUCCCCCAGUGCCACGCGCUGGGCUCGGUGAAGGCAGCGGCUGUGGUGGGGGGCGGCUUGCUGGCCCCACACCUUCUGGCCGCAGCUCCCCAAGAGCUGCAGCAGAAGCGGCCACGCUUCGAGGAGGACGAGGAACUGCAUGAGGCCGUGGCAGUGGCAGGAGGGAAGAGUCCGCGGAGCUACCCGCUCAUCCCAGUGCCCAGCAAAGGGGCCUUCGGAGGAGUGCUGCAGAAGUUUCCAGGCUGCGGGGGGCUCUUCCCGCAUCCCUACGGCUUUCCCGCAGCCUUCGGGCUCUGCCACAAGAAGGAAGAGGGCAGCGGUGCGGGUGAUGCCCUUGGAGGGACGGCGGCCCACAAAACCGGAGGGGGGACAGCAGGCGGCGGGGGGCUCUCUGGGCUCUUCUGGCCCGGCAGGAAGGAUGCAGCCUUCUAUCCACCCUUCUGCAUGUUCUGGCCGCCCCGCACGCCAGGUGCGCUGCCGGUGCCCACCUAUCUGCAGCCCCCUCCUCAGCCACCUGGAGCGACGCUGGGCUGUGCGCUGGGGGACGGCGCUCUCCGGCAGGCCUUCCUGGACCUCUCGGAGCCCGAAGCGGCGGCCUCGGAGCCCGCAUCGCCUUCAGCCUCGGAUGGAGGGAACGGGGCGAGCGGAGCCCGCGUCCCCCCGCACCCACUGGAAGCAGCCGGAGGCCAUAAGGCUGCCAGGGGAGGCUACCACCACUCCAGCGCCUUCCGCCCAGUUGGGGGCAAGGAAGACUCGGAGAGUCUGGCCAAGCUGCACGGCGGCGGCCCGCACCGCCCCGCGUCUCCACUGCAGCUCCUGCUUCCCCCACCGCCCCCGCCGCCACCCCCCCCACCGCCGCCACCCGAGGACGGGGGCUGCGAGCGGCCUCCGUACCCCCCGGCCGGCACCUUCGCCAGCGAGGACAGCAGCGAGGAGGAGGAGGAGGAAGAGGAAGAAGAAGAGGACGAGCCCGAGGUGGACGUCGAAGGGCACAAACCCCCUGACGAGGAGGAGGAGGAGGAUGAGGAGGACGAGGAGGAGGAAGGCGAGGAGGAUGCCGACCCCCUGACGCCCGCCGCUCGCUUCCCACCCAGCAGGGCUCUGCAGGAGAAGGCUGGCCAGGACCGUCCUCCCCCCACCGGCCACCCCUUCGCCCGUCCGGCUGCAGAGGAGAAGCUGGGGGAAGGCCAGGCCCCCAGGGCGGGCAGUGGUGGCAGCAGCCCGGUGCAGCACCCGGCGCUGGAGGAGCAGCCCUGCUACAAAGAUAAUCAGAAGAGCAAGGAGGGAAACCAAGUCGUCCUGCCCACGAAGGAGGAUAACUUCUCAGAUAAGAGCAAGGAGCAUAAUUUCUUCAUCACGGAUUCUGAGCCUUCGGGAGGGGACUUCUGGAGAGAUGUAGCAGGUGAACACACACAAGAAACCAAUUCACCUCAUUCUCUGAAGAAGGAUGUAGAAAACAUGGGGAAAGAGGAACUCCAGAAGGUUUUGUUUGAACAAAUUGACUUACGGAGGAGGCUGGAGCAGGAGUUCCAGGUGUUGAAAGGAAAUGCAUCUUUCCCAGUAUUCAAUAAUUUUCAAGAUCAGAUGAAACGAGAGCUGGCAUACAGAGAAGAAAUGGUGCAGCAGCUACAAAUUAUUCCCUAUGCAGCAAGCUUGAUCAGGAAAGAAAAGCUGGGUGCACACCUCAGCAAAAGCUAAAGGUAAGCUUGUGAAAGAAGGGGUGGGGUAGUAUUCUGACUGGCCUGGCCAUCGGAUUUUUCUCUGCAGCCAUUGCAAGAAUUUAGAGAAUCGUUUUGCUGUGUGAUAUUGAUCCAUUCCCACCAUGCCCAUUGACCAUGUGCCCAGUUGCCACAUCUCCACAGUUCUUGAACAUUUCCAGAGACAGGGACUCCACCAUCACCCUGGGCAGACUGUGCCAGGGCCUGACCAUUCUUUGGAGAAGAAAUUCUUUUCCUAAUAUCCAACCUGGACCUCUCCC